AUGAUCGUUCAAGGUUUAAUUCUUUUAUUACUUGUGUCAGUAGUACCUAGUUAUAGUCUUAUAUGCUAUGAAUGUGAAUGUGAUCACACUAAUAUAUCUGCAUGUGAUUGUGGUACUACAAGUACCCAGUUAGAUGGUUCUUAUUGUCUUAUCUCUGAACAAAGAUCUAUCGAUAAAACGUAUAUUCAACUAACUCGAGUUCCUCGUAAUGCAACUUUGAUUUACGUUGAAGAUCCUUACUACGUUCUUCUGCAAGAAUCUAUUCGAUAUAAUCAAACAUCAAGUGAGUGGUAUUUAUGGACGAGUGGUGCUGUAUUUGGAUGCGAUUGGGAUCUUUGUAAUUCUCCAAAUUUGAUCAAUAGGUUGCCUGUUUCAUUCAAUUUCUCUAUUGAUAAAGAUUGGCUAGAUACGAAUAUUUAUGGUACAGGUUCUGUUACUGAAUGUCACCAUUGUCCGUUCGAAAUGUGCGGUGAUUCAGGAAAUCCCAUUGACUUCACUCAGUGUCCAAUGACACCUUGUGUCAAUUCACCUACGUGUUUAGUCUACAAUUUAUGGGUUGAUUUUGAAACAGGUGACCAAUGUUAUCAAUCACAAUGUGCUCCAGAGUAUUUAGAUGGAGAAGUAGCUCAACUUUUUGGUGGCAAAUAUAGAAUUGAUGUCGAAGCGAUUGUUUAUUUAGCACAAGAUCGUUCAAAAUAUUACAUUUGGAUGAUUGAUGUAUCUUGUGGUGCAUAUAAUUGUACUCGACCAACUAUUUUUUCAGAGAUAGCAAAUAGACUUGACUAUACAAUUAGUGAUCUAUCUAUUUAUCCACUUCUUCGACCUAUAACAAUCCCACUACCACCAACAACAACUAUAACAAUAACAAAUCCUCUUAUAUGUUACAGUUGUGAAUGUACUGGCACAUUAGGAUGUCCAUGUUCAUUAACUGAAGUCGUUUCGUUGGAUGAUACCUAUUGUAUUAUUGCACGAGAAAAUCGUGGUCAAGAUAUUACUAUUAACUUAACUUAUCUCGAUUAUUAUGCUAGUUAUAACUAUAUUCUUGAUGCUCCAUUUGUAAUUGUUGAAGAAACGAUUAGCUAUGAUGAAAAAGGUGUUCGUUGGAUUACCACAACGAAUUUAGUUCUUUAUGGAUGCAAUUGGAAUUUAUGUAAUAAACCCGAGCUUAUACCACUUCUACCAAAUACCUUUCAAAUGCGUCUUUCAGAAGCAUGGUUGAAUACAAAUAUCUUAGGUACUGGGCAACCAGUACGUGAUUGUCAUGAAUGUCCAGAUGCGGCACAAUGUGGUACAACUGAUUUUCUUGAUGCUAGUCGAUGUCCAAUUCAUUCAUGCAACACUACUUGUCGUGUUUCAGACACAUUUAAUGAUCCAGCUUUCGAUCUUUUAUGUUAUCAAUCAUUUUGCAUCUCACCUAAUGAUGAUCAAUACAAUAUUAAUCAUCAUCGUGUUGAAAUUGAAGGCCUUGCUUAUGCUAGUGAACCAAAUAGUGUGAAAAUAUGGGAAAUCGAUCUUUAUUGCCGUGCUGAUGAUUGUUCACGUCCUGAAGUAUUCAAAGAACUUCGUGAACAAUUAAGCAUUGUACCUGGUAAUCUUGCUGCUUUGUUCAAUGAAACGCAUGAUCCAACGAUAACACAACGACGAUGUUAUGAUUGCUUUUGCUUAAAUGAAGUGAAUUGUAAAUGCGAUAGAACUACAAUCAAGAUCGCAAACACAACUUAUUGUUUACUUAUGCGCGAAAUCAAUGGUCAAGAUAAUUUGAUCAUUAUGGGGCAUCUUGAUCAAAACUCAACUCGUGUUUAUAUUCGUGAUCUUCCUUAUAUACUCAUUGAAGAAUCAAUCUUUUACAAUGAAAGAACUGGACGAUGGGAUCGACUAACCAAUUUUGCUGUUUAUGGGUGUGAUUGGGAUUUAUGCAAUCAUCCUCGUCUUAUACAAUCUCUUCCAAAUACAUUUGAAAUACGUCUACCAGAAGCAUGGCUGAACACAAGUAUUCUAGGUACUGGGCAACCAGUACGUGAUUGUCAUGAAUGUCGAGAUGCUCCACAAUGUGGUACAACUGAUUUUCUUGAUGCUAGUCGAUGUCCAAUUCAUUCAUGUAAUAGUACUUGUUUUGUUUUGGAUACAUUUGAUGACCCGACAACUGGUGAACUAUGUUAUCAGUCAUAUUGUGCACAUCCGGAUGACGAAGGGUAUCAUAUUGAUCAAUAUCAAGUAGAUAUCGAAGGUAUAUUAUAUCUUAAUAAACAACCUCGUGGUGUUGAGUUAUGGGAAGUUGAUAUUUAUUGUCGUGCUGAUGAUUGUUCUCGACCAGAAAUAUUUCAAGAACUGAAAUCUCAAUUAACUGUAACAGUAGGUGACUUAAGUGCAUUUGAUGAAGUAUUACCCACGACUGCACAGCCAACUAUGACCCAACCAGUUACUACAAAUCCGCCAACGGCUACAAAUUCACGAGUGACUGUCUCAACAACUUCAAAUGCAUCAAUCUUCACUAGCAUAAAUUUACGUAGUUUGCUGCUAGUAUCGAUUCUUCUAUUCAAUUUUCAUUGA